CAUCAUCGACUUGGGACAGCUAAGUAUCCCAUGAUGCAUUUCCAGCCGACCAUCAACAAAGACUGAGGAGAAAACUUUUAAAGAUUGAUCAUCAUGACAGCCAAGCGUGGAUUAAUAACGGAUUCAUUCAAGGUGGUGAAGAAAGCACGGAGAGGGGGGAAGCAAGACAAGAGGCCGACUCCUCCACCUCCACAGAAGGCAGAGGCUGAAAUUGAAACUGCCCGAGAGGAGGAGUUGCAGAAGCUCCGACAGUUUGACCUGGACUGCAGAUUUGGGCCCUGCACAGGUAUCAGCAGGCUGGAGAGGUGGGAGAGAGCAAAGCUUCAUGACCUUAAACCACCUGAGGAGAUCAGAGACCUGCUGCUGCAAACAUCCGAUGACCCUGAAUAUAGCCAGAGCCUCUGGAGUGAAUAUCCUGUCUGAGGAAGACAAAAGAAAGAAGACAAGAUACAAACUCCAACAAAAGUCAAGUUUUAUAUACAAACCUUUUUUUAUGAUAAAGCCACUUGAAGAAAACAAAAAAAAACAACAACAACAACAACAAUUUUUGAGAUGUUUAUUUCAUGUCAUGUCAAAUUAAUUUGAUUGAAUUUGUUAUAUUUGAUGUGUUUUGGUAUUUUAGAAAAAUCUGACAUUUGCAAAUUUGUCUGUUAGAUUGAAUUCAAAGUAUUUUCAAUAUGACUUGCUGUUUUACUAAUGAAUCCAGAAUGAUAGAAACACGUGGAUAUUGGCAUCAAUAUCACAAAUCUACCAAACAAAUCAACUGUUAUUAGAAAAAGUAUUUUCAGCAGAUGCAUUUGGCAGCCAACUUAAAAAAUGACUGGCAGCUUCAAUUUUUUUUUGCCAAUCAGACACACUUAUUAUGUAUCCUACUGUGUCAAAUUUGGUGCUUGUAUCACCAUUUAACUGAUUUUUCUCAAACCUGUUCAACUGUUUUGAAAUUUAAUUGAUACCAGUAGACUUGUGUAAUUUUAUUUCUUUUUAAUUUUUAUUUGGAAUUCAAUACAACUGAACAACCUUUUUUUAAAAAUUUGGAUGUUACUUUAGGGUUAUGGAGAAAUUUCAUAAUGUUAUUAAAAAGUUUUACACUGACACAUA